AUGAACAGCUAUUUUUCGCGUCUUCAGCCAAUCCCCUGGAGACGAGAGGGCUUCGCUUGCUGCCCUUCAAUCCAUGCAAGCUGCAAGACAAUUCAGGGAUUGGCACCAUCAGACAAGAAGAAAUCGCCUACUGAGAAAUCGACGGCAGAGGCUUUAGCCGCUUCGGUCUGCAGUUCUUCUACCGCCUUUUCUGCUCCGCUUUGCUACAGCGGCACCUGGCUGCGAGCCCAGGCGCUAGAGGUUAUUCCACAGUUUCGGAGCUCGAUCAGUGCAGAUCAGGCCGCUGUAAAAAGCCGCAGGAGGAAGCGACCGCAUGCUCUGUCAGCGUUGACCGACAUCAAGACAGGGUUUUGGCAAGUAAAAUGCCUGGAUGAGCUGCGCUGCAGACUUCUUGGAGCGUCUCGUCGACUGCAACGUCUGAAGAGACCAUCUGCCAGGCCAAGCGUGAAAGGCUGCACAACUGGAAGCUCGUAUGCUUCUGAACAAGCAGAGACUUUGCAAAAGUUCCGAAAGCUGACGCCCACCUUGGCCGCAGCACUGCGAGCUGCUUCUGAUCGGAUCCACCCUUUAGUCAAUGAUGUCCCUACUCGCCAGCUUUUGCUCACUUGCUGCAACCUUGCACAGCGUCGCUGUUGCCCACCAUCUUUGGGGGCCGCUGUGCUGGAGCAACUGCUAGUGCAGCGGACACCUCUGUACGCACACGAAGCAGCACUGGGCGUUAAAUUGUCAGCCCUUCUGCUGCAGCAACAUUCACGACCUACCUGUUCUGCAGAUAUUACCAUUCCAUUGGAACAAGCAGAUAUUGCCCAGCCAGCCAGCACCACAGAGGAACAGAGAGGGUUCCGCCAAAGACUCGUUGUGAGGCGGCGGUCUUCAUUUUUUCGAUCACCAGCAGCUGAGAAGUGUGUGUCCUCAAUAACUUUUAGCCCUGCACCAUCUCGUGCCUCUUUACAUUUUCCACCAGAAAGGCUGCUGCUAGAUGCUGCGGUGUACGAGCAGAGGGCAAUGCAGAAAUUGUGUCUGCUUGUUGCAGUUCGGUUGCUGAAAGCCUUGCUGCAUAAUGCAAACCUGAGAAAGAGCCUCAGUGUGCGGACUUGUGUGCGAACUGCCGAAGCGUGCGCAUUGCUGGCUACACAAAGGUUCCAGAGCGAGACUACAGUGCAAACCCCAGAGACUUUUGCUGGUGCCGUCAGUAUUGGGCUCUCGUCAGCUGCUGGUCCUCAGUUGGUGAGAUUAACUUCUGGCAUGAAUCAAACACAAAACAUUUCUCUGCCUGAGCAUGUUAUUUUAUCUGGUGAAUCUUUGGCGUCAUCUGCUGAGGGACAUCUUCCAGGAAGAGCCCUUAGAGAAUGCCAGCUAUCCUUCACAAGCCCGGUUGUCAAGUCGUCUGUAGCUGCUGCCGCUAACUUUGAUGCAGCAGUAGCACUGGCAAUGGCGGCCUUAUGGCGAUGCGUUCAGCAGUCACUUGCCCCUCGAGUUGCAACGCUCCUGCUUUCCGAAGCGGCUGCUCGCCAACAGCGAGACGCAGGGGCUGAGGAGACCCCGCAGAACGAACAAGGAUGGACAGACGGCCUGCUAGGAGCUGCGAUGAUUGCAUCUGCCAGGGUGGCUCAGACGUGCUCAACACGUGAGAAGCUGUUGUUGCAGCUGCUGAGCCACCUCCAGCGCAGUACCUGUCAACGCCCUAAUCUCCAGCUACUUUGCUUGCAAACGGUGCCUUUGCACACGACAGGUGAAGAAGCUUCCCGGGACUCUCUUGGCAGCAUUUUGCCGCGCUUGAGCAGCGCUGCCAUUUGUAGAAUGAGUCCAAGUACCCUUGCCUGUGUGUGCCGUUCCCUUGGCAGUGCGGGGACCAGAUUAAGCACACGAGGGAUUCAGUUCUUAUUUGACGCAAUUAGCUCUACGUUUUUUGUCCACAACAGCAGGGAUGCCAGUGCUCACGAUGACUCAUUUCGUUUUAACAGCGAACUGCAAUCAAUACAUCCCAACCAUGAACCAUAUGAAAUUCAAGCUGUUGCUGGCGGAACUGGUCCUCGCCGCAACGAGAACGGCAGUAUAUGGCCGACUUCCCGCGCGCACAGCUACCAGGCUCUACCUUCAACCUCAGGUAUAAGCGCAUUUUAUGGGAACUGGUGUACUGUGCUGUGGGCAUCCGCAAAGAUUCUCAAGGCGUCAUUCUCUUCUUUCCAGGGGAGUGACCCUUCUUUAAGACUUCAGCGGUUGCUUGGAAGGCACGUGCUCGCUGCACUCCUUGUAAAUCUUGCAGCAGCCCAACCGUCAAGCAUGGCCCAGGUCGCUGAGGGACUCCGGCUUCUUUUACUUCUUGAGAUGAAGGCAGCAACCUGUAAUCGGCUGCAUGAAGAAGCGUCUACAGAGCUGAGGAAGCCGUUACUGCUUCGCCAACGACUCUUUCGGCUUCAUGAGCUGGUGUCAAUUUUACAGACCCUUGCAAGCCACUUCGUGCAGCAUCACAGAGCGUUUGGAACACUAGAGGUCCUCAUCCUUCUACGGCUGUUUGUGCAGCUGGAUCUGCUCCCUUCCAUAGGCAUAAGUUUGCGGGCAAGAAGGACGUGUUUGACGGCGGAGAGCACAGCCAAUGGAACCUUUACAACCAGUCAAAUGGAAGCGAAAUACACAGUGUUUCCGGGUUUAUCAGUUUCACGCUUUUUGAGUUGUGCACUUGGGCACCAAGUUAACCCGAAAAAUGUGCGGGCACCGAUGCCGACGAUAGGGGAAUGCCUGCGGAGCCAAGAAAAAGAUGUUUUUACCGGCAGUGAGCAAGAAGCUUCACAAUCAUUAGAGCUGUUCACACAGAGUUUGCUGCGCGCAAUGGCGCUGAAGUACCCCGAGGAAUUGCAGAGACUGCCUAAGGCACUACAUCAAAAGGCGCCUAAGUCAGGAGAACAUGCUGAGAAUGCGUCUUGA